AAAAAAGUGAAGCUGCAAAACAUUGCCUCAAUUGCCACGAAGUUGAAGAAGUGUAAGAGUAGGCACAAUCCAAAAUGGAUUAUAAAGAGUCAAAAUCCAAAAUGGAUUACAGAAUAAAUGUCCAGCAAAGACAAAAUGAGUAAGCCUUCUUCAUAUAUAGCUGUUCACAUUCAACAAUUCUCUCCUUCUGGGCGGGCGUUACGUUUCUUCUCUUUUUCUUCAGGUUUGGUAUUCUUGAAGCUUUCCUUCAAUUUUACUAUUGUGCUUAAGCUGUUAAAAGGAAAUGACUCACACUGGUGAAGCUUCUGAGGGCCAUAAAUCUGAAGGCAUUGAUACGAUGAUUGAGAUAAAAGUAAAAACUAUGAACUCUCAAACCCACAAUUUGCGCAUUAGCAAUCAGAGGAGAGUAUGGAACAUGAAAGAACACGUAUCUCUUUUGAUUGGGAUGCCGGUGGAACAACAGCGUCUAAUCUAUUGUGGAAAAGUCUUACAGGAUGAUGACCUCCUUUCUUCAUACAAUAUUCAAAAUGGUGAUACUUUGCAUCUGGUUUGCACUGUCCAGAGCAUGUCGUCAUCCUUUGGUGCUACUGAUGGGAUUUCUCCAGAUACUCUACAGGAAAUCCCUAACUCUAUAGAAACUUUGUCACGAUAUCUCAACAUAAUGAGACAAGAAUAUAGUAUAAAUGGAACAGAAAACAAUACGAAUGAGGUACGCGGAAGUGCAUUCAACCCUUUCACUCCUUCACAAGGAAUUCCAGAAGUAGAACAAUUAGCAAGACUGCUGUCGUCCACUAGGGAUAUGCUUAUAAGCCAAACUGAACAGCGCUUUCUUGUAAGUGCGUGCUCCUGCUUAUACAACACAGUAAAGUUCACUGAAUUAAUUGAUUCAAAAUAGAGUAGUGUCAGAUAGUGCAGAAUCCAAAAUAGAUUACAGGGAGUCAAAGUGGAGCCUUCACUCAGUUUGUAUAAAUAGAGUUUCCAGUAUAGACAAUGUUCAACAAACCAAUAUUGCAAAAAGUUGAGUUCACAUUCAAACCAUUCUAUCUCUAUAGCCGUUACAUUUCUAACUAAAGAAGAACAACAUUCUUCUAUGUUUUUUAUUUCAGGUUAAAAACCCAGUGAUCUUAACUGUUGUUUUAGUGAUUUGA